AUGAUUAAAUACUUGUUUGUUUUAAUAUUACUUUAUUUGGCUAUAGCCAAGAGAAUCUAGCAAAGCCAUUCUAUUAAAUAAUUAAGAGAUUGGCAUUAUAUAUCAAAAUUUGGAGCUGAAACAGGGGAAGUUUUCUAUUCAUUAAAGUAUAAAAUAAAUAUAUUAGAUUAGGUUCCGUAUCAAGAAUGCUGAUGAGAAUGAUGAACGAACAAUUCCAAUAUAAUAUGAAUUAUACUUAGAUGAAGAAUGGCCUAAUGCAUUAGAGAAGAGCGAAUGUGAUGUACAAAUAGAUAAUAAUUUAAUUUUAGAGAGGUAGCGUAGCAAGAAGAAAGGAGACUAUUUGGGUUCCUGUUAAAAAUGAAUAUGAAUUUAAAGGAAGUUUGACAGCAAAAGUUAGAGCACAUUUGUGGUAUUUUGCAUUUAAUGAUUGUGAAAAAUAAUUAAGAAAUUCAUUUCCAAUUGAAAAUCAUGUUAAGUUAGAAGUGGAAUUACAUAUAACAAAUGUAGGUGGAACAGAAUUUACAUUAGAAUAAUUUGGAAUUGUAUAAAUAAUAGGUGUGAUAGCUUUAAUUGACGUAAUAAUGUUAAUUUAUAAUGGUAAUCAAAUCUUAGAAAAGUAGAGAAAGUAUGAGGAAUUUAGUUUACCAUUAUUUUUAUUGGUUAUCACAUUACUAUUAGAAACAUUCUCAUAUUGUUUUUUAACAAUUCAUUUAUGGAUUUAUAGUGAGAAUGGAGCUGGAUAAUUGUUAUUACAAGUUUUGUCUGUUAUAUUUUAAGUUGCAUCACAAUUCUCAUUAACAAUGAUUUUAGUAAUGUUAUCUUGGGGUUGGUAAAUAAACUUUAGUAAAUUUGAUAAUUUUGAAUUGUUUUUACCAAUUUCGUUAUUGAUAGGAUUCUUCUAAAUUAUGAUAGUUGGAGUUAGCUUCAUAGAUUAUGAUUCAUAUUUUAAAGAUCAUUCUUAUGAAGGUUGGGUAGGUUGGUUGGCUUCUUUAAUUUAUAUAGGUGAAUUCAUUUAUUUCAUGAAUGGAUUAGUAGACACAUAUAACAAAUAAAAUACAAAAAUUUAAUAAUUUAUUUUAUUAUUGGGUUUAUAUGGAGGAGUUUAUUUCAUUAGUUUUCCAAUGUUACAAACUAUAAAUUUAGUAAAUGAUCAUUUUAAUAUUUAGUUUACUGCUAGAUAUGUUAGAUAUAAAAUAAUGGAAAUUGGAACAAUGUUAUUUCGAACUUCUGCCAUAUUAUUGCUGACUAGAUUGUUUACUUCAAAAAAAUCAAUAUUUGCUUAGAUUUCAAUAGAAAAUAAGAGCUUUCUAGACAGAAAUAAGGAUGAGUGAGAG